AUGGCGUCGAAAAAGGAGGAUGGAGAUGCAGCAGCGCUGAGACAGUGUGAAGUCUACGUCGAAAAACAUAAUAUUCAAGCUAUUCUCAAAGACUGUAUCGUGCAGCUGUGUAUUAAGAAACCGGAUAACCCUCAUAGGUUUUUUCGAGAAUAUUUCGAAAAGCUAGAAAAGGUGUGUUUUGUUUUGAGCUCCGUCCAUAAUCGAAGCUUUGUUCCACCGACAUUUUCUUACUGGUAUUUCUCCAUGAUAUUUGCCUUAGAAGCCCUGUAGACAAAUAAACAGCAGGCCAAGAACCUUAUGUAUUUUAUUUCCGUUAGGAACAUGAGGCAGAGCCGCAAGACUAUAGCGAACCUGAACAAAACCAUGAAAUCGAAGAUCAUCUCGGGCCUGUUGGCGGCUUUCCUAAAAUGAAGCGUCGCGGUGCUGUGAGCGCUGGGCCAAUUUCUGAAGAUGAAGCAACGUCGUACGUGAAAAAGGUAAUUUAGACGAAGAUUUUUUAUAACAUCAUUGAAAAAACUGAGCAUUAUUAUUUUCAAAAAAACAAAACUGAUGAUAGUUGACUUGAAUGUAGGUUGUUCCGAAAGACUACAAAACCAUGGCUGCCCUUUCGAAGGCGAUUGCGAAGAACAUUCUAUUUUCUCACCUGGACCAAGAAGAAAGGAGGUCAGUGCGAUGAAAAUAUCACAGCUUUUGAAGCUACCUCUCCUUAAGAAAAAUGGCUGAUUGUAGUUCGAAUUUUAACGAACGAUGUUUUUCUAUUCGACAGCGAUAUCUUCGACGCCAUGUUCUUGGUGAAACACAGUGCUGGGGAAACUGUAAUCCAUCAAGGUUAGAAUACAAACUCGUUGAUAUUUUUUAAGAUAUUUCUGUGUUGACUUGACAUUUACGUCUUAUCUAUCACAAAAUGUUCCUUCUCAGAGGAUUGUACAGGCCAACAGUCUUGUUCUGUAUCGAUUUUCUUUUUUGUACAGUACGCUGUUAUCUACAUUUUUUAGCUUUAAUGUUCUGUAUGCAGUAGAGCGUGUUGCACUGGAGCUCGACGUUUCAUUAUCUCAACCAAAUUUUCUGUUUUUUGCUGUUUUAGGCGACGAAGGAGACAACUUCUACAUCAUUGACAGUGGCGAAGUUGAUGUAAGCAUAAAUAUUUCUCUCGUCUGUUUACAUAUCUUCAGGUAGCUGUAAACAGUUGAUGGACCGGUAUUACCUCGCACAAGACAUUCCUUUUUUUUUCACCUUAGCCUUUCAAGAAUCCAAAGUUCUAUUCAAAUUUGUGUGGAGAACCAAAAAUUGGAUAAAAAUUGCCGAGACGUUGAAUUUUUGCUGACAAUUAUUGCUAUAAUAUCAAAAUAUUUCGUGUUACAGUUUUCCAGCUCCUGUGACAAGAGUAAGCAUUGUUUCUUGUCUUUUCUUUUCCUGGUAUUUUUUAUCAUAUAGGCUCAUACUGGUGAGAGGGAUGAUAUCUCAUGUUGGUUUAUACAGUAAAAUAUGUACAAAACAAUGCUUUUUUAGCACAGAAACCAUCUUUAGUUGUUGGAUUUGUUUUGACCGAGAUAUUCCAACUCCAUGUGAUGCCCCUCCAUAUUUGAAAUCAGGAGCUCCUAAACAGUCAUUUCCUUUUCUAUCCCCUUCCACUUCUCAGGUUUAAAGGGACAGGUUCAUGGUUCAGCGCAUGCUUAUUGAUUGAGUCACCUUUCCAAUUUAUUAUUAAUUCUAUUGGUUAAUAAUGCCACUUACAAGUAUCUCAGUGAUCUCAGAGUGUAUUUGAAAGUCGAAGUGUAUUUCAGAAACACCUGAAGUAGGAUGGAGGAGUACUAAAGUUACCAACAUUGAAUUUAUUGUUGACCCUAGGGUUUUAUUCCAUAGUUGAUUAAUUACAGUUAUUUGCAAAUAUUUAAGUUGAUCAAGUGCAAGUGACUGCCAGGGGAUUGUGCAGAUUGGUUCUUUGACAACAUUAUGGCAUGAUCUUAUUGAUUGCAUAGAUGAUUACAGCAUGCCCCGGCAGAAAAAGAGCAUUUUGAUUAAUGAGCAUGCGCUGAACCGUGAACCUGUCCCUUUAAACUUACAGUACAACCCGAGAAUAAUCAAGUACUUUUUUCCUUGACAUCGAAAUUUACAGAAAAGCAUGGUUUUACAAUUUUCCAAUUCUGUGAUGUGAUAUGUGAUGAAUACAAAGGAAAAUUAAUGUUCUUCAUCCUACUUGACUAAAAUACUACCUUACGAGCAGAGGCUACAUUUUCGCUCUGAGUUGGCAUGCGAAAAGUAGCCUCUGUUGACAACCGUUCAAUUUUCUAUCUUGCAUGCGUGAAAUUUGUCACAUGAUUCACAAGCAAAAUUAAUGGUUGGGUCUGUUGUCAAAUGGUGCGGUCUUCGCGGGAAUAAAAAAAUUGCGACAACUCUGAUCUGCUAUGCAAGACUUAAGCUAGACUCGCACAAUGCUCUAAACUGGUCAAGAACAGGAAAAAACCUUUUUUUAAAAAUUAAUUUGUCCUGAUUUCUGGACAGAUUUGCAUGGUUGUCAGUGGAGGCUACUUUUCACACGACAGCUCACAAAGUGAAAAUGUAGCCUCUGCUUGCAGGGUACUAAACUACCAGCUAGCUUAAUGACUGUCUCCAUGUCAGGGCAAUAUUUUUAAUUGAAGGGAGGAUAGUAAAGUCUCGUUAAUGCGUCAUCCAAAAAGGCUUUGAGAAUUUUUUGGUACUAAUGUUACAGUCCCAUCAAUGGGCUUUGAAAAUGACCAAUGUUUCUAAGGUCCGGCUGAAAGAGUGUAAUCGCCAAUGGCAACAAGUUGUAUAAACAGGGUGGAUGCAAGGUGUACUUUUAGUGUUUCUCUAUACUGUGCAGGUGGCCUAUGGAAAGUUUAUUUUAGGCAACUUCAGGAGUGGCUAUUUAUUUUGUAUUUGGAAGGGGGAUACAUUAGCAAGGAUAUGAGAUUUCUACUGUGUACUACAACCCCCAGCUUGUACCAAUGUGCUGUCAUGAAUUCACAGUAUAACAACCUUGGGAUGUGCACGUAGCUAUUUGCAAACAUUGUUCCAGUGAGAUGUAAGAUAAAGUGGGCCCAAGCAUGAACAUGAUUUCACCAUCAAGGUGGAAAAAUGAGCAAAAUGUGGGAUAUAAAAUUCUUCUAUUCCUUGUGUUACAACUUCCAUGUCGCAUUUUUCCUGCAAGAGUGCAAUCAAGAAUCUGUUAAAAUAGUAUGUUUUUUGCUAGGUGUUUGUUAGUGACGAGUAUGUCUCUACCAUUGGGGAAGGAGGGAGCUUUGGUGAGCUGGCUCUGAUAUAUGGCACUCCCAGAGCAGCAACUAUCAAGGUGUGAUACCUAACUUACUUAUGAUACAGUACUGGAUUCCUAAGAUCUAAGUUUUGAGAGUGAAGGGGUGUGUCAGGCAAGGCUUCAAGUGACUCCUGAUCUAUCAUCAAAUUCUCUGUUUGAUGAAGUUAGAUUGAGAGGUCAUGACAUCAUUAGUGGAAGUCACAUAGGGGAAUUUUUUAUUUCUUUUGCAAGUGCAUUAAGGUCUUAAAAUAGAAAGAAGUCGUUACAUCAUGUUGCCUUGGGAGCAAAAUUUUUCAGUAACAACAAAUCAAAACAUCACUUAAAAAGUGAAAUUUUCUGGGUUGAAUCCAAAAGGACCAUAUCUAAGUGUAGAAAAAGAGAAAGAAAAAUUUUGUGUUGUGUGUACCUAUUCCAUAAAGCGGGUGCGUGGAAUUAGGAAGUUUCAUGUCACAGACGCGCAACAACAGUUAAGAAAUGUACAAAAAAGCAGAAUGCACAUGCAAAGUUGUUUGCCAAUCUAAACCCAUUGCUUUUUUGCUGUUUGCCAUCGCUGUUGCAAAAACUCCGUGUUGUUCUGAUCCAGAAAUUCUGCUGCCAUGGUAAAGUGAGGUCACACUUCUCCUCUCUACUCCAGUAAUUUUUUUUAAUUGCAUUAUUGGCUUGGACAGCCUGUGUUUUUGUGAGUUACAUUACCAUUAGCCUUGGCAUUAUUUCACUGUGUUAAAAAUCCUGACUUGAUGCAGUAAUUUGUUUGUGUUUAUUGUGUAACAUCCAUCUCAUAAGUUUAAAUGCCUUCACCUUUCCUCCAUCCAGUCUAAGACUGAUGUGAAGCUCUGGGCCAUUGAUCGAGUAACUUAUCGGCGAAUAUUGAUGGGAAGUCAGAUUCGAAAGAGAAAGAUGUAUGAACAGUUCCUAGAAAAAGUCAGCAUUCUUGAAUCACUUGACAAAUGGGAGAGGCUCACUGUGGCUGAUGCUUUGGAGGCUGUUACUUACGAGGAUAAUGAAAACGUUGUGGUCCAAGGAGAACAUGGGGAUGAGUUCUACAUAAUUGUUGAUGUGAGUUAUUUCUUCCAUGCUUUGCUUUAUAAAUAUAAUUAUUUACAAUAACUGAGCAAUUUUUCACGCAUUUAUUGGUCAAGAGCUAUGGUUAGUAAGGGUACAGACCAUUGAAAAAACAUAUGUCAUCUGGCAUUGAUCGUUUUGAACUGAACAUUGAUGCUAGGUAACCAGGUCAAUUUUUGAGCACGUGCUUGACUCAAGAUGGCGGUUUGUUUACAGUCAUUUCUCUGCUGUGGUCUUUCCAUAUCCCUUGUUUCAGACAAUAAUAAUAAUAAUAAUAAUAUGUUUAAACUGGAUGACCAUUGCAGUUAUAAAAACUGCUAUCAAUAUGGGUCCUGUAUAAAAAUAAAUAGAUAACCUUUUUCGCUGUUGUUCACAUAGGUGAAUGGCGGUAAUCAGCAUCUUUGGAAUAGUUAAGGUGCCCAUUGCCAAAAAUCAGCAGCUGUGCUUUAUAGGCGGGUAUUUGGCUGUUAACUUAGAAAAAUCGCGUUGAAUAGUUUGGGGUGUGUCUUAUAAUGAGUACACCUUUGUGUACAGGGAAAGCAAUAAGGUCGGGGUAUUCUCACAGAAGCCAAUUCGGAAUCCUGUCAGGGCCACACAACUUAGAAGGAUUGCGUUAUGAUAUCAACAAUUUCCAAUGGUCUGUACUCUUAUCAACCAAGCAAGUGAUGUUAAGAUGUUCCCCUGUUAAAAUGUUUAAAACUUUGCGAUGUAAACAGUCACCUGUGAUUCAUGGUUCACUUGACUGUUGAACAUGUUGAUUGUUGUUUAUUUGUUUCCUUUCUAACAAGUUAAGAUUUUUAUGAUUAACAAACUUGUUUUGUUAUUUUUUCAUUAACACUAUAGGGAGUAGCUGUCGUUUUGCAGCGUAGAUCACCAAAUGAAGAUUACAUCGAAGUCAGCCGCCUAGGUCAAUCAGACUACUUUGGUAAGUGGAAUAUUCUAAACUAUGGAGGUGCCCUCUUGCAGGAUCGAGAUGGGUAUCUUCUUUCCAUUUUCCUGAUACAUAAAGCAGCUUCAUGGCUCUACCCUCUUUUAAGGCACCUGCCCCAACCUGAUUUAUUGUUGAUGAGUUUAACUCGACCUUAUCCAAUUCCCUGCUUCAGAAACUGGAGGGAGAUUGCGUACAAGAUUUAGUGCAGUGAUUUCUCGUAUUAUUUGGGUGGGCAAGCAUUUGUUAUGAUUGGUUUGUUAGCCAAUCAAAACUGAUGCUUGUCCACCUUAAUGAUCCCAGACGUUUUUGUACUGAAAGCUUGUUUCUGGAGUGGGAAAUACUGUUUUUGCCAGUGAAACAAGAACAUAAAACGAGUUGUACAUUUUGAGUCUUACAUUGUGCUUUAAAGAAGUGUUCUUCAACUUAAAAGGGUUUGUAUGUGAUGUGACUUGAAUACAAUAUCUGUUCUUGUAGGUGAAAUAGCUCUGGUGCUUAAUCGACCUCGUGCUGCAACAGUGCGAGCAAAGGGAACCCUCAAGUGUGUCAAACUGGACAGGCAGCGGUUUGAACGAGUGUUGGGUCCAUGUAUUGACAUCCUCAAGAGAAAUAUUCAACAAUACAACAGCUUUGUCUCUUUAGUUGUGUAA